AGUCGGUUUAACAGUUUGUCCCCCUGUCACAUCGCACGAGGAGACCGCAGCGAAGGCUCUUCCUGUUAAUAUAAUACAACGGCGUACCGUGCUCACUGCUGGAAGCGGAGAUUUUUUUCUUCUUUCAGGCGUUCCAGCACAUGCUUUCAGGAGGCCCGUUUCUCCCGUUUUGAAUUCAUUAUAUGCAGUUAUAUUUCCCUUUUUUUGCUGGUGCUUCGUGAAUAUGUUUUCCGCAUUGCAGACCUCAACGCAGGUGGACGACCAGGCGAGCACUUCGCCAAAUGCUGGGAGGACGAACGUGUUUUCCUCCGCCUCUGCCGCCCGUGCGGAGGAGUUGCAGCGCACACUUGAGAUGCUUUACCGCGACAUCCUCUUUCCCUUCUUUGAACCGGUGGAGCGACUGCGCGUUGUGAACAAUCGAGCCAUUCGCGUACAAGACGUGGUGGACGCUAUUGCGAAGGAGAGCGCUGGUGCCGGCGCAAAGGAGCAACCGUGA